AUGCUUUUUAAAAACAGGCCGUUUUCUUUUACAUUAAGAACAAGUGGAAAAGCUCGAGAUUCAUCGUCAAUAACAUCACAUCGAAAUGUUUCGUUGGCGAAUAUUGCUACAGCAUUUUUGAGCGAGCGAAAAACAUCAUCACGACGUCAAAGUAGUAAUCGUCGGAAACAACGAUUGACAGUUACAGACAAACAAAAUAACGAUUCAAGGCUCUCAACAAAUUGUGCAAAUACAAACAAUCCUGGUCUAGGACAACAAUUCACAGUUCAAAAUACGGAUGGUGGAAUCACAACUAUUUUUAUGGCUCAUACUAGCACCGCAAACGCCAAUAACAAACAUCGAACAAAUGCGGUAAUAAAAAUCAUGUAG